GUCGAUUGGCCUCCAAGUAACAUAAUAACAGCUAGUUUCAGUAACCUCACCGUACUUAGAUAAACAUAAUCACUUUAACGCCGGACACAAUCCUCAAAUAACUGUCGAAAAAUACUUCGAUUAGCACCAUACCCUUUGAACAAUUUCAGUAUCCGGAACUCUAUCCUACUCUUAAUUACAUUACAAUGGUUUGUAGAAAAGAUAUUGGUUAUUGAAAACAUUGGCACGUAUCCUAGCACCAACAUCACAAACAUUUUGAAAAUGAAACAUGACGCACAAAUUCUUCAACAGCACAACACCGAACUUGUGAAACUGAUAGAAGAUUUGUGUCAGAAAAGAGAUCAGUUACAAAAAGCAAUUAUUGAAGAAGAUGAUGAAAAAAAUCGUCUUCAGCACGACAUGAGGAUUAUUUCUGAGAAACUUGCGAAAAUAAAUGAUUCACUAAGCAAGAAGCUAGUUGUUCGGAAUUCUUACGAUAAGGCGAUUGCGGAAUCACAACAAGCCUAUUCUAAACUAUUAGAAAACUCUUAUGUGCUGCUGAAUGUAUUGAAAUGCAACCAAGAAAAAAUGAAGGAUAAGUUCGCCAAAACCUAUACUCCGUAAUCUUUAGAGAUCAAACUCGAUUAUUACUAUUCGAGCUUCCAAACGGUUCUUUGAACCGAUCAAUCCCUUGCAGUAUACUGAUACACAGAAUAUUUAGUUCAUUCUGUCUAUAAAAUAAUAUCCGAGUUGCGUUGAGACAGUUUUUAUUCAUCCACAUAGACCAUAUCUUUGUAACUGCUUAUUUGUAUUAGCCAGUUAGCAUUAAAAUAACUAAUGUUUGUCA